UUGAAGGAAGGAAAGAAGGAAAGACAGAAAUUCCAAAGCGUAACUUCCUUUUCACUCAUGUUUCGUCUUUCGCCAUCAUCGAUUCUUUUCUCGAUUACGAUCUCCUUGAUUCUCUGUUUAUCGUUUAGUUCGUCGAUCAUCAUCAAUCCUUCAAAAGUCAAACAAAUCUCAUGGAAACCGAGAGCUUUUGUAUACGAAGGUUUCCUUACGGAUGCGGAGUGUGAUCAUUUGAUAUCUCUUGCGAAGUCAGAGCUCACGAGAUCACAUGUUGCUGAUAAUGAAUCUGGAGAUUCUAAGCUCAGUGAAGUAAGAACGAGCUCCGGAAUGUUCAUCGAAAAGGCCAAGGAUCCUAUUGUUUCUGGUAUUGAAGAGAAAAUUGCUCUUUUGACUUUCCUUCCUAAAGAAAAUGGAGAAGACAUUCAAGUACUUCGAUACGAGCAUGGACAGAAGUACGACGAUCACUACGAUUACUUUACAGACAAGGUCAACCUUGCACGCGGUGGACACAGGAUAGCAACAGUUCUAAUGUAUCUAUCUAACGUCGCCAAAGGAGGUGAAACUGUUUUCCCAGAAGCAGAGCAGGAAGCACCUCGUCGAAAGUCUUCUUCUGCUGUUGCUGAUGAUGAUCUAUCAGAGUGUGCUAAGAGGGGAAUAUCAGUGAAACCGAAGAAGGGAGAUGCACUACUAUUUUUCAGUCUUCAUCCAACUGCUAUUCCAGAUCCAAGUAGUCUCCAUGGAGGAUGCCCAGUUAUUGAAGGCGAGAAAUGGUCAGCAACAAAGUGGAUUCAUGUGGAUUCGUUUGACAAGAUUAUUGAGCCAUCUGGGAACUGUACAGACUCGAAUGACCAUUGCGAUAAAUGGGCUGCUUUGGGAGAAUGUACUAACAAUCCCGAAUAUAUGGUGGGAACCCCGCAACUUCCAGGCUACUGUCGGAGAAGCUGUAAGGUUUGUUAGGUAUUUUCUUUACAACUCUUGAUCUCUUUAAUUUGUUUCUUUAAGAUUUUGGUUUAUUUGCAGACCUAUAUAUGUUGUUAUGUUCCAGUGUUUUGUAACGAAAUAAUUUUAUUAAUUGAUAUAAAAUAACACGACAUUUUACACU